ACCUGUAAUCUACAUAGUCUGUGUUGAAGUGUUCAAUAAACAUGAAGUGCAGGUCACUUGUGUGGCUACUAUUUGCCGUUGGCGUGUGCAGUACGAUUGCGGAUAGAGUACGAUUCGAUAACUAUCGAGUCUACGAUGUGUCCGUUGAUAACGAUGAACAGCUUAAAGUGCUACAAUAUUUGGAACAAUUUUCGGAUGGAUACUCAUUCUGGGAAUCUCCAGUGCAGACCAAUAUGAAUCUCAAGAUGGUGGUCCCUCCUCACAAAGUCGGGGACUUCGAAGAAAUGACGGAACGGCUAAAUAUGAAAAGUUCACUUACGGUGAAUAAUCUGCAAGAACUAGUGGACAACGAGCAACCUAAGCGUGUUGCCCGUGCUGGUUUCACCUGGGAAAACUACCAUACUUUGGAAGACAUGUACGAGUGGUUUGAUGAAUUGGUUGCGCAAUACGGCUCCAUUCUAACAAUAGAAUCCUACGGGGUUUCCCACGAAAAUCGAGAAAUGAAGGCUAUCAAAUUGUCCAAAAAUAGUGGAAAUCCGGGAAUCUUCCUAGAGUCGAACAUCCACGCUCGUGAGUGGAUAACUUCUGCGACGGCAACUUGGAUUCUGAACGAACUGUUGACGUCUAGCGAUCCCACUGUACAGAACCUGGCCAACAACUACGAUUGGUAUAUUCUGCCAGUGAUCAAUCCUGAUGGUUUCGCGUACUCUAAGGACGUCAACCGUAUGUGGCGCAAAAACCGCUAUCCUCACUCCAUUCUCUGCUACGGAGUAGACAUGAACAGAAACUUCCCUGGCCAUUGGAUGGAGGGAGGAGCUUCCAGCAACCCUUGCAGCGAUACCUUCGCUGGACCAUUUGAGGGUUCUGAGAUUGAAACCCAGAACGUCAUGAACUACUUUUUGAAAUACAAAGAUCGCAUUGACCUGUACCUGUCAUUCCACUCGUACGGGCAGUACAUGUUGUUCCCAUUCGGUCAUAAUGGUGCUGACUUAGCUGCCAACUACUACGACUGGAUGGAAAUCGCCACAUCGGCUGCUGCUGCUCUUAGUCAAAGAUUUGGAACAUUGUAUACAUUUGGAACAACUUCUGAUGUGCUGUAUGUUGCAUCUGGUUCGUCACCCGACUGGGCACAUGCCGUACAUGAUACUCCAAUUGCCGUGACCUAUGAAUUCCGUGACAAAGGAACCAACGGAUUCAUACUGCCAGCCGAUCAAAUUAUUCCCAAUGCACAGGAGGUGCUUGAUUCGUUGAUUGCUUUCUUCAGCAAAGGAAAGGAACUGGGAUACUUUCAAAAUCGCGCCGCGUGAAAAAUUGCCGCCGAGGUAGCAGACGAGAUUAGAUAAAGGCAUCGAUGAAUAGGUACUUCAAUCGUUAUUAUUAGGAUUUUGCAAGUGGCGAAUGCAUUGUUUGUGACAAUCAGUGAUAACCAUUUAUGGCAUCAAUUCUA